AUGAAUUUUCCAUUAUUCGUGACGAUUCUCAGUGUGAAUUUCGUUUUGCACGAUGCUCGAAUAUCGGAAUCUCUGAAAGUCACUCUUUCCGAUGGAAGUGAGUUGAUCGGUCGCUACUUCAGUUCGCAAUCAGGCAGAGGAAUUCGAGCCUUCAUGGGAAUUCCUUACGCCGAAGCUCCGCUCGGAAGUCUGAGAUUCAGAGAUCCGGUGCCGAAAAGUCCUUGGACGGAACCACUUGACGCUGUUUGGGAACCGAAUGGGUAUAACACAUCGGUUGGAAGUGAAGAUUGUCUCUACUUAAAUGUUUAUGUGCCUCAGAAUCCAGAAACGAAUGAUCCGCUGCCAGUGAUGGUAUAUUUUCACGGCGGAGCUUUUAUGACUGGAAACAGUGCGAAAUCUCGCUAUAGUCCGGAUUAUUUUCUGGAUCACGACGUCAUUCUUGUUUCUGGAAAUUACAGACUUGGAUUAUUCGGUUUUCUCAGCACAAAUACUCCCGAUUGUCCUGGCAAUUUUGGUCUUAAAGAUCAAGUUGAGAUCCUCAAGUGGAUUCAGAAGAACAUCGGGCAAUUUGGUGGCGAUAAGGAUUCUGUAACAAUCUUCGGUGAAAGCGCUGGAGGCGCAAGUGUGACUUAUCAUACAAUAUCGUCACUGUCAAAAGGACUCUUUCAUCGCGCAAUUUCUCAAAGUGGCACUCAUUUCUCAACAUGGGCCAGACGAGAUAGUGAAAUUGCAGCAAAGAAUUCAAAGAAAUUGGCUGAGACUGUCAAUUGCCCAGCAGAUGAUGUGCAAGAAAUGAUCGAAUGUCUCCGCAAUAUAUCAUCAGAAGAACUCAUCUCACAUUUUUACGAUUUUUUCAUGUGGGAUAUAUUUCCAUUUGUUGUUUGGGGCCCUGUUGUAGAGCCGGAAAGAGUCUCACAUACGGAUGAUUUGAUAUACUUGUUCCCUGUUAUGAAAGGGACUUUCUUCAGGGCCGCGCCUACAGAAAUUGACGAUUUCAUCCGAAAUGCGAUGGUUUCGAUGUGGGUGAACUUUGCCAAAUUCGGGAAUCCAACUCCACAAUCUGACGAUUCUUCGCUUCCGGAGUGGAAAAUCGCCGGAUCUUUUCCGUACGAUUACUUGCGAAUCGGCAAUUAUCAUCAAAGUGACGCUCCAAUAAUCGCCAUGGAAAACGGAUUGUACGAGGAAAGAUCGCUAUUUUGGAAGAAAAUCAACUCAGAAUUGCUUGGAAUUUAA